AUGUCUAAUACUGAAUAUAGAAAUGGAUCAAUUUCAAAUGAUGAUAUCACAGAUACAAAGCUGUUAUGUGCACAACAAAUCUACGAAAAUGUUAUUCACCCAGACACGAAUGAAGUUCAAAAUCGUUUUGGACGAUUGUCAUUUAUACCCAUCGGAAAAUCAUUAUUAGUUGCUGUUCUAUUGUCCCAAUUGACAAGGAAUUCUUCCAGCUACACUUGGCAUGGUCUCAAUCAAUCAUACGAUUCAUUAGUAAAUUUCACCAACCGUAACGGUGAUACCAAAUUCAUUCCAACUAAUCAAGUUAGAUUCGGAAUAACCAUUUUGGCUGCCACAGGAACAUCGACUUUAGCUGCAUUUCACAUUGAAAAAAUUCUCCUUAGCAAGAUAUGUCAUCCAAUACUUUAUCGAUGCGUCCCAUUGAUAACAUUCGCGGGUGCCAGUUUUAUUAAUGUGCCAAUUAUGAGACACAAAGAAAUCAUAGACGGUGUAAGAAUAUAUGACUGCAACAAAGAAAAAGUUGGAUAUUCAAGAUUAGCUGGAUUAAAAGGCAUAGGAGAAACCAUAGUUACUAGAAUUAUAUUGCUUGCUCCAGGAGUAGUUUUAAUUCAAUAUUUGGAAAAUGUUUUGGAUAACAAAAGCUGCUGGUUUAGAAAAAAUAAAUGGGCACAUUUACCUUUUAAUACAAUUGGAUUUGGAAUUAUACUCAUUGGUAUGCUCCCAACAGCAUGUGCUGUAUUUCCACAAUUUAGGAUGUUAAAGGCGAAAAGACGGCUCGGAAUAGGACAGCUCUCAGUCAGGCUCGGAGAGGUGCCGCUAUUAUAGGGUUGCGAGGUGCUACAGGACCGUGUCUGAUAUGGCAGCUCUGGUCUUAGCUAGAAUGCCUCCAGCCCACCUGCUGGCCGAUGAGCGA